AUGGUGUUUGGAUCAUUUCUAAGUUUGACAUCCGCAUUGUCGUUAUGCUUAAAUGGGACUGAUUGUAACAAUGGGUCAGUUGUUGCUCAACCUCCACCAGUUAUCGAAUAUGGUCAUCAGAAUCAGACGUUAAUGGUCGGUUCAUCAGCCACAUUGCCAUGUCAAGCGAGUGGUCGCACUCCACCGAGGAUCUCAUGGCUACUUGACGGAAAUCCAGUCGAUACUACCAAAGAUAAUCGCUAUAGUCAGCACUCGAGUGGCAGUUUACAUAUUGCAGAUCUCAAGUAA